UCUAUUGUCUUUUACCUUAAAUAGUUAAUUUUCUGCCUCAGUGAGUCUGCCUCAGUGAGGAACUACUCAGCGUAUAUAGAAAUGGUUCGGCAUUUUUUCAGCAUACACUUUCAGCUAGAUGCUAUGUUAGGCAUUGAGGACACAUAGAUGACUAGGAUACAUCCCCUACUCCUGUGGCAGUCAGUCUGAGGGAGCAUAUACAUAUGUAAACAAAAAAUUAGGGCUGUCUCUGUUGCCAUGACCUGCAGUAACCAGCGUGAGCUCACCCACCAGAAGAAUAUGAAAAAGCAGAGCAACUCAGUUAAGGGAAGGCACCAAGAUGACAGGCUUUUUGUUGCCACCAGCAAGCAGAGUGCCUCAUCAUCUCUACCCCCAGGGUCAGAGAUCAUGCAGCGGAAGCAGAAGAAGGCAAACAAGAAGAAGGAGGAACCCAACUAGCUUUGUGGCUGCAUGUCCAGCCCUCUUGCCCUUCGCCUGUUUGCCUAGAACCAG